GACGAAGACGACGGUUUUUUGGAUUACAAGGAUUUCUUUUGAAUGGAGAGACCAGAACCCGGAGUUUUGGAAGACUUUGUUCCUUUGGACCGUCGUUCUGCGAGGAACCGCUCACUGGAGCAGGUGGUGAAGAAGAGCUGCUCCACAUCUGACGUCGACUCCUGACCGUACUGACCCGGGUUCAGCGAGCUGUUUGCUGCCCCUCAAGGAUCUUGUAGGGAAUCUACAGGAAGGGAGCCAUGUUUCUCUACAAUAUCACCCUGCAGCGUGCCACUGGCAUCACACAUGCCAUCCAUGGAAACUUCUCAGGAACCAAGAUGCAGGAGAUUGUUGUUUCCAGAGGCAAGAUCCUGGAGUUACUGCGUCCAGAUGCCAACACGGGGAAGGUGCACACUCUGCUCACAGUAGAAGUAUUUGGCAUCGUUAGGUCUCUGAUGGCCUUCAGGCUCACAGGUGGAACCAAAGAUUACAUCGUUGUGGGCAGCGACAGUGGCCGUAUCGUCAUCCUCGAAUAUCAUCCGUCCAAGAACAUGUUUGAGAAGAUCCACCAGGAGACGUUUGGAAAGAGCGGCUGUCGGCGAAUUGUUCCUGGACAGUUCCUGGCUGUCGACCCAAAAGGCCGAGCUGUGAUGAUAGGUGCCAUAGAAAAACAGAAGCUGGUUUAUAUUUUGAACAGAGAUGCAGCUGCCAGACUGACCAUCUCCUCGCCACUAGAAGCCCACAAAGCCAACACACUGGUGUACCAUGUGGUCGGAGUUGACGUGGGCUUUGAAAACCCCAUGUUCGCCUGUUUGGAAAUGGACUACGAGGAAGCUGACAACGAUCCGACCGGAGAAGCUGCUGCAAACACACAGCAGACCCUCACCUUUUAUGAGUUGGACCUGGGUUUGAAUCACGUGGUCCGCAAAUACAGCGAGGCUUUGGAAGAGCACGGGAAUUUCCUCAUCACUGUUCCGGGAGGUUCCGAUGGACCCAGUGGCGUUCUGAUCUGCUCCGAAAACUACAUCACUUACAAGAACUUUGGAGACCAGCCAGACAUCCGCUGUCCCAUCCCACGACGUAGGAAUGACCUGGAUGACCCAGAGCGUGGCAUGAUAUUUGUCUGCUCCGCCACGCACAAAACAAAGACCAUGUUCUUUUUCCUGGCUCAGACCGAACAAGGUGACAUCUUUAAAGUCACACUGGAAACAGAUGAGGAAAUGGUCACAGAAAUCCGUCUGAAAUACUUUGACACUAUCCCCGUGGCCACAGCCAUGUGUGUCCUGAAGACCGGCUUCCUGUUUGUGGCUUCAGAGUUUGGAAACCAUUACCUUUAUCAAAUUGCGCACCUCGGUGACGAUGACGACGAACCAGAGUUCUCGUCUGCGAUGCCACUAGAAGAAGGAGACACUUUCUUCUUCCAGCCCCGUCCCCUUAAAAACCUGGUGCUGGUGGACGAGCAGGAGAACUUGUCCCCCAUCAUGGCCUGUCAGAUCGCUGAUCUGGCCAAUGAAGACACACCUCAGUUGUAUGUGGCCUGUGGACGAGGACCUAGGUCUACGAUGAGGGUCCUUCGUCACGGACUGGAGGUGUCAGAGAUGGCUGUGUCAGAACUGCCUGGUAACCCAAACGCUGUGUGGACAGUGCGCAGACACGUCGAAGACGAGUUUGACGCCUACAUCAUCGUGUCUUUCGUCAACGCCACUCUGGUCUUGUCCAUCGGAGAGACCGUGGAAGAAGUGACGGAUUCUGGCUUCUUGGGAACAACUCCCACUCUCUCCUGCUCCCUGCUGGGUGAAGACGCUUUAGUGCAGGUUUAUCCUGACGGCAUCCGUCACAUCCGUGCAGACAAACGUGUGAAUGAAUGGAAGACCCCGGGUAAGAAGACCAUCGUUCGCUGUGCUGUCAACCAAAGGCAGGUUGUUAUUGCCCUGACUGGAGGAGAGCUGGUCUACUUUGAGAUGGACCCGUCUGGCCAGCUGAACGAGUACACUGAACGUAAAGAGAUGUCUGCAGAUGUGGUGUGCAUGAGUCUGGCCAACGUUCCUCCUGGAGAGCAACGCUCUCGAUUUCUGGCCGUUGGCCUGGUGGACAACACUGUCCGAAUCAUCUCUCUGGAUCCUUCGGACUGCCUGCAGCCUCUCAGUAUGCAGGCUCUACCGGCCCAGCCAGAGAGCUUGUGCAUCGUGGAGAUGGGUGGAGUCGAGAAGCAAGAUGAACUUGGGGAAAAGGGAACCAUCGGGUUCCUCUACCUCAACAUCGGACUGCAGAAUGGUGUCUUGCUCAGGACUGUCCUGGACCCUGUCACGGGUGACUUGUCUGACACAAGGACACGAUACCUGGGGUCGCGACCUGUCAAGCUCUUCAGGGUCAGAAUGCAGGGCCAGGAGGCUGUGCUGGCCAUGUCCAGUCGCUCCUGGCUGAGUUACUCGUACCAGUCUCGCUUCCACCUGACCCCACUCUCAUAUGAGACCCUGGAGUAUGCCUCUGGUUUUGCCUCUGAACAAUGUCCAGAAGGUAUCGUGGCCAUCUCCACCAACACACUGAGAAUCUUGGCUCUGGAGAAAUUGGGGGCCGUCUUCAAUCAGGUGGCAUUUCCUCUGCAGUGCACUCCCAGGAAAUUUGUGAUCCACCAGGAGACGAAUAACCUCAUUUUGAUUGAGUCCGACCACAAUGCUUACACGGAGGCGACCAAAGCUCAGCGAAAGCAGCAGAUGGCCGAGGAAAUGGUGGAGGCAGCCGGUGAAGAUGAACGAGAACUUGCCGCAGAGAUGGCGGCUGCCUUCCUCAAUGAAAAUCUCCCAGAAGCCAUCUUCGGUUCACCUAAGGCCGGGGCCGGACAGUGGGCGUCUAUUGUGCGACUGAUUAAUCCCAUACAGGGUUCAACUCUGGACCAGGUGCAACUGGAGCAGAACGAAGCUGCUUUCAGUGUGGCCGUGUGUCGCUUUACAAACUCGGGGGAUGAUUGGUACGUUCUGGUGGGCGUGGCCAGAGACAUGAUUCUCAACCCCAGGUCGGUGGCCGGCGGCUUCAUCUACACCUACAGACUGACUGGUGGAGGAGAGAAGCUGGAGUUUGUGCACAAGACCCCGGUGGAGGACGUGCCUUUGGCAAUCGCCCCAUUUCAGGGACGGGCCCUGGUAGGAAUUGGAAAACUGCUGAGGAUAUACGACAUGGGAAAAAAGAAGCUGCUCCGCAAGUGUGAAAACAAGCACGUACCCAACCUGGUGACCGGUAUCUAUACCAUCGGUCAACGCGUGAUCGUCUCCGACGUCCAAGAGAGUCUGUUCUGGGUUCGCUAUCGCCGCAACGAGAACCAGCUCAUCAUUUUUGCGGACGACACGUAUCCUCGCUGGGUGACGACGGCCUGUCUGCUGGACUUCGACACCAUGGCUUCGGCUGACAAGUUUGGCAACAUUAGCAUUGUUCGUCUCCCUCCCAACACGAGUGAUGAUGUGGAUGAAGAUCCCACAGGGAACAAAGCACUGUGGGACAGAGGACUCCUGAAUGGAGCUUCCCAGAAGGCGGAGGUGAUAAUGAACUACCACGUCGGUGAGACGGUGUUGUCACUACAGAAAACCACUCUGAUUCCCGGUGGUUCAGAGUCCCUGGUCUACACCACCCUGUCCGGAGGCAUCGGCAUCUUGGUCCCGUUCACAUCACAUGAGGACCACGACUUCUUCCAGCAUCUGGAGAUGCACAUGCGCUCGGAGUUCCCCCCCAUGUGCGGCAGAGACCACCUCAGCUUUAGAUCAUAUUACUUCCCAGUCAAGAAUGUGAUUGACGGAGAUCUGUGCGAGCAGUUCAACAGCAUGGACCCCCACAAGCAGAAGAGUGUGGCGGAGGAGCUGGACCGAACACCGCCGGAGGUCUCCAAGAAGCUGGAGGACAUUCGCACUCGCUACGCCUUUUAAAGAGUUUUGUUGUUUAGUUUGUUGUUGUUUUUUGUUUCUUUUUGUUUCUUUUUUUAUAAGAAGAAAAGAAUCACCAUUGCCCCCAGCCCCCUUUCACGACCACCACUAAUUAUAAUGAGCCGCAGCACAUCCCGGUGAUGAGGACACAUGAGAUCACUCCACUAAAACUGAUUUUUUACAGCUAGCUCGAAUGCAAGCAGCCGUGUCAUAGUCGUAGAGAUUCACUCGGGGAAACUAGAUGCUCCAGGUUCCUCCGCUCCACAUGAAGAUGAAAUGUGAUUUAACAUGUUCUCACGGUCAGUCCACAGGUCACUGUGAGUCUCCAUGUCCCACCUGUAACACCUGGAAGGCAGAGAGAUCAACAGUCAAGUCUGUUUUAUCGACCUUUUCUUCCCCAAGCAGCGUACGUUUCCAUCCCCUGACUCGGGACGAGAAGUAGAAAUCCCCAAAGCGCCGGAUCUGUUUUCAAAUUCAAACGUCACCACCCUGAUUACAGCGCCUUUAGGCUGCGCUUGUUUUCGGCAGAAACCACACUUGAAGCGACACAUAUACACACAUACAGAUGACGACAGAGGAGGAAGGAAAUAUCCAUCCACAGAUUCUUAUUAAAUUUACUCUGGUUUCAGCCAGAGAUCAGAUGUGCUGUGCCUGUGUUCACUUUGAAGCAGAGGCAGCUUUUGACGUGAAACAUAACAUUUUUUUAACAGUCUGGCUUUAACCAUUAUUGAGCACUUGGAUUUAAGAUAUACGUGGGUUGUUUUUUUUUGAUAAUAUCUGCCACUUUUCAUAUUGUGCCACUUCGACUGUAGCUGUGUGACCUACCUGCUACGGUGUGAAAGGAACAAAUGUGCAUUUGUUGGUACCAUCAGCGGUGAAGACUUUUCCAGAGGUCUCAUUAACCCCCUAGAGCAAAUCUGUCAUCAGUCGCGCCCCCUCGUAGACUAUCGCCACAGUAGCAGUGUUUCUUUACUGCGGCAGUAGAUGAGCGGUGAGCUCAGACUAAAUCAGUGGGUGGAAGAAUACCGAAGGUUAGCGCUGGGUGGUGGCGGUGUUCUUCUCCAGCCUGAAAAUUCCCAACCUCAGCCACAGACAUAGCAUUCCACAGUAGUCACUGGAUUUAAGGGUUUGUGGGCUGGGGGGCAGUGGUCUGUUUUGUAAAUAAAGAUGUUUUUUUUUUUGUACUUUA